CACACACACUGAGCUGUGUGUGAGAGAGAGAGCGCGCUGCCAGACUGCAAUCCACGCACGCACAUACACCACAGCAGCUGCAAUCUUGCUCAGAAGCAGAGAGGAGGGGGUAGCAACGAUCCCCCUCACACACACACACACACACCUCAGCUGCAAUCACAGUGAUGGAAACAGAAGCAUUGCGGGACUAGCUGCGGUUGCUGCAGCGAAGCUCUUUGGAAGAAACAAACUUCGGGAGAGAAACUGAACUUCUUCCCCCGGUGAAUCACGCUACCCCGCCAGUUAGCCGUUUCAGUGCCUGGAUCCAGUACAAUGGAGCGGCUCAGAUUCAGCACCUUGGACAGCGCAGGACUUCUGCUACGUUUGUUCGGGAUCCUGGCCCGGUUGACCGUGACGGCUGAGCAAGAGGGAGAGAAUCUCUCCGGUCUGUCCACCAACCCAGACAAAGACAUCUUCGUGGUCCGGGAGAACGGGACCACCUGCCUCAUGGUCGAGUUCGCUGUCCGCUUCACGGUCCCCUUCGACGUCCUCGCGAUCAACGGGAUAGACCUCAUCACGGAGAAUGCGUAUCUGGCUCUGCCUCGCGGGGCAGACAUUGAAGGGAAAUGCGGGAGCCAGGACGCCGAUAUACACAUCUCGUGGAAGGAUAAGGCCUACACACUCCGCAUCAACUUCGUCAAGGAAACCCGUGACAAGGGAGAUGAGGUGUGGAAGAUUAGCAAAUUGCAGUUUGUUUAUGACACCUCGGAGAAAACCCAUUUCAUCAACCCAUACAACCCUGGGAAGCACACAGCCAGCUCCCACGGUCUGUCAGCGCUAGUGACCCCUGCUGGCCACUCCUAUGUCUGCGAGGCUAAGCAGACACUCACCCUCAUCUCCAGUGACCACCAAAAGGGAGUGACUGUCGCCAUGAGUGACAUUCAGAUCCAGCCCUUCGACAUCAACUCAGACUUCAUGUUUAGUGAAGCCUAUAAGUGCAUCACAGACCAGCGGGAACAGCUGGAGGAGACUCUUCCUCUGAUCCUGGGUUUCAUCCUGGGCCUCAUCAUCGUCAUCACGCUGUCCGUCUACCACUUCCACCUCAAACUGACCGCUGUCACCCAGCCACAGCUGCCCCGCGACCGGUCCAUGUACAAGAACAUGUAAGGAACUGGACAUUGAAACAAACACUAUAUGACAACUCUCCAUGGUCAAUGAUAGUACAGUAGAACAACAUUCCAAGACUCCCCAUGUUCAAGAGCAUCUAAGGAAUCAAACAUUAGAUCAUCAUCAACACAAUGACUCUCCAUGUACAAGGUAAUAGGACAUUGAAACAAGCACAACAUGAUGUUCAAGACAUGUAAGGAAUCAGACACUACAAAUCACUACGACUCUCCAUGUUCAAGGAUAUAGGACAUUAAAAACAAGAUGACAUGACUACUCUCCAUUCAAGGAUAUAAAAAAUAUGGUACUAGACUACAAUUAUAACCACAACGCUCCUGCCUCUCCAAAGUCAAACCAAUGUGACUUCCCUUGCUCUGAACUCCCCAAAUAUUGGAGAGUAGGCCAUAACUUUAUGGAGGCCUAACUUGCGAUAUGGCUAACUUGAGAUACGUGUGCGUAACUUGGAGCGUUCUCGUAAAAUCCUGCAUUGAAGUCAUUUGGAGACUUGCGCAACAUUCGAUUUACGCACGCGUUUUUUUCUUCUUCAGUUAGCGUUCCACCCCUGUGUGUUCUGCUGUCCAGAAAUCGACGUUUUUUUGUUGAGAGGCCUGCGCUUUUGUCAUCAUUCCCCCCCCCCCCCCCCCCCCAUCACGUGUCUCUGUCUUUUCUGUCAACGAGCUACAAAAGAAACCUCGCAGGUUAGCAGGUCCAGAGUUGAUGUUCAGCUGAGGUUCUUACUUUCCGGACCCCAGUUUUUACUUUAUGUUUUAGAAUGCAACCAUCGUGGUGAAAGUGGACGGUGUUGUGGUGUGUAUGUACACUGUGCAGGUGUUUCAAUGAACUUCAGAAAUCAUGCAAAAUAAAUCAUUGCUGUAAACGCUUUACUUUGGUAUGAACGGAUCAUUUUCCAGAUCUGACUCGAUGGAAUUAUGUCAAGAAAAAAAUAUGAAACGUAAAUUGAAAAAAAAGAAGGAAAACAUGGUGUGUAAAAACGUGCCCCCCCCCCCAAAAAAAAAAAAUAUUUAAUACAUUUAUCUCAUAUCAGAAUGUCAGAAGAAGUUUAUCAUUGUGUUUAUCAUUGUGAAAGAAAUGUGCAAAGAUAUUUAAGAUUUAAAAAUAAUAAAUGUACACUAUUUUCAGAAAGACUAUGCAUAGAAAACUAUGCUGAUGCUACUUUAAUGUUCACUGAAAUAAAUUUUACAGGAGAUAUCCUAAGCCUG